AUGUCUGCUCCAUCCCCACUGGCGCAAAGCCGUCCAGCUGCUGGGAACCCGUCGCACCAUAUAGAGGGGCCCAACGUCCCCUCCCGUGAACCUUCGGUGACACGGGGGCGAGCGCUGACAGCUUCCUCGCGCAUCCUCUCGCCGCGUUCGCAGACGCCCGUCCUCACCCCCAGCAGCAACUCGAGCCCCGACCGAGACCGAAGCCUCGAGCGCAAAGCAUCGCUGUCAUAUGCCCACAACCGCAACACCUCCAUCGUGCAUGGCAUCCAGCACUCGCGCAACACGAGCUUCGUCAACUCGCCCGCGACAAGCCCGCUGAGCCCGCAGGUAAUCGCCGCCCAGGGCCCCUCGCUCGAUGGAACCGUCAUGUCGCAGGAGACGAUAGCCGAAGCGUUCGCGGCCAAGGGGGCUCCAGCUGGCGGCCCCCCCACGAAUACGAAUGGUUAUGGUCAUGGCCAUGCACCCACCGGCUCAGUGGCAACUGAUGCUAGUAGUGUGGCCCAUCGAAGGCCGGAGCGGGCGCAGAGUGCGAGGUCGCGGAAGGGCGGGCACCACCACCACCGCUCGCAGUCUCGUCAUCAGGCCCAGCAUGAGCUCAAGACGGUCGGCGAGUACGCGCUGCACCACCUGUUCAACUCGUUUAUACCUCAGGCAGACUUGAAGAUAAGCCAGUGCAUGACAGACCGCGGCCAGCCGGAAGCUAGGGUGGAGCGGAUUUGCGGACCAGGUGUCGACCCCAACUUCGAUCAGCUCAUCUGGGCUCUCGGCCACAUUGCGAAGAACAAGCCCAAGUCCCUGAUUGACACCAUCAUGAUCUGGCGGAAGGGGAAGAGCGAGGAUGCUACCCAGCUGCGCAUCAAGCUAGCCAACGCUCGUCAGGCACAUUCGCUACCCCCUUCAAUGCUGCCCCGCCGCAAUACGGAGCCUCUCCAGAUUGUCGAAUCCCAUGCUGCCGCUUCUGCCGCUUCUGCCGCAACAAGUCCCGAAUACAUGGUGGCGCUGCAGCAGACCGUAGCGCAGGCCGAACAGCGCUCAACCGUUUCCACAUACAUAUUAUGCAGGGUGCUGAUCCAGAUCAUCAAUCAAACAACGUUGGAGUCGCUGACCGUCGACAUGGCUGAGCGUCUCCUAAGCCUCUUCUACUCCCAGCUGAACACGGUGGACCCGGAGCAAGCGGAAGAGUCUUCUGUGCACAAAGCCAAUUGGGUCAUCUACAGCCGACUCUUGGGCGAAUUGAGCGAAUUGAUCUUUCAUAGCGUGCAAGAAAAGUUCGUUGCAGAUCUCAAAGGCGUUGACUCCCAGUACACCCAGUCCGCUAUCAAGAACCAAUCUAGUAGAGAGGUCGAAGCGAAGGGCGCACUUCUCGUUCGAGGGAUGCGCUAUCUGCGCGUAAAGACGACGCCUGUAGAGCUUUGGGAGCGAACGUGCGAAUUCAUGUUCUCACUAGCCAAACUAUUCGCGAAUGCCCAUGGUCAAACCAUGAAAUAUGCGUAUUGCCAGGUCCUCCGAGAUCUUCUACUCCGGAUCGCAUCGGAAGCUAUACCGCAGUUCAGCACGCCAAGAUGGAAAAGCGUGAUUGACAUUUUGAAGUCGAGAGCUUCGCUCCUUCUAAGCAAACCCAAGCAUUGGCACGAGGCGUUUCCACUCAUGUGCGCCAUACUGUGCGUAUCACCGGCUGACACGUUCGCGACCCAGUGGUUACCGCUUGCGUUAUCGACACAACCGAAGCUGAAGGAGCGUACAACGAGAGCUAUUGCGCUAAAGGGAAUAUGUCAGCUGGUAUGGAGCUACCUUUAUAGGGCAGCACCUGAUCUUCCCAAUGUUGCGAUGCGGAAACUGGAAGAUAUCAUUCGCAUGGUAUACCAACCCGGAAAGCGAUCGUACUUGUCAACAGAGCCCGCCAUUGCGGAACCCUUCAUCCAACUAACCCGCAUAAUCGGUUUCAAAUACCAAGAUGUUUGCUUUAGGGCCAUUAUUUUUCCUUUGCUAAACGCAGAUACGUUUACUUCUGGUCGGGACCUGCGCGUUGAGAAUUUGGAGCCAGAUCGUAUGGUCAUUGGUAUCCGUUCUUUCCUAGCCAUCAUGACCGAUCUUGAGAAUGCGAGCGAGAUUCAACAUCCACCGUUCCCCAGUCCCUUCGCUUCGGAGACCAACGCUUCUACUCUCUCGAAUCAUCCACAAGCGAUCAUCAGUCCUCGUCCUUUGCAGCACCCAGCUAUGAAGUCACUGCUUCCAAUCAAAGAAGAACGCCUCUCCCGCCCCGUUAAUUUUUCUGGGUUUCCUGAGAUAGCCAAAGAAUACUACGUGCGAUUCUGUAAGAUUCUGGGCGACAUAACGAUCAUCUGCGACAACGCAUUCGGUGGUCAGGCGGUAUUGGAUGAGAAAUUCUCUCUACAAACACCCAAAACUCCCAUGUCCGAGGCCUUCAGCUUUGCUCGGAGAGAAGACCAAACCCCUACCGAUCCCCGACAAGGGUUCUAUGACCUCUUACACGUGGCUGUCCAGGCUUUGCCUCGCUGUCUGUCAUCGCACAUCCCUUUCAGUUCACUUGUAAAUCUUUUAUGUACAGGGACGGCUCAUGUACAAGGGAAUAUUGCGACCUCAUCUGCACAGUCUCUCAAGUCUAUCGCUCGUCAACAAUUUGCACAACAAGUCACUAUUGCGUUUGCGAGGUUCAUCUUCACUUUUGAUGACCGUUAUUCCACGAUGUCCGAUGGCGGCAUGCUUGGCUCAGGUCACAUCGAAAGAACGCUAAAAUUAUACGUGGAAUUGCUUGAGAUCUGGAUUGAAGAGAUCAAAGAGAAGACUCGGAAAGCGGUGGACACCCCUGACGACGGAGUGGGCAACAGAGGCGUUCAUUUAGAUCUAUCGUCGGUUUGGGCCCACGUUGAUGAAGUCGAAUCACAUGGACUUUUCUUCUUGUGUUCGCCGUCCCGCCGGGUAAGAGCUUACGCGGUAACUGUACUCCGCCUCAUAACAGAGUUCGAUACCGCUCUUGGAGGAUCCAAUACCAGGAUAAUUCGUGUGAUGGAGGGAAGCCCACAAAAGGUCAUGGAUAUCAGCGACGAAAAGCUUUCUCUUGCGGAGCGAAGUCGAUUGCAACGAGGCAUGCGCAAGAGCAACGUUCAGAGUACACUCGUCGAGCUUUGCAGCAGCGACGUGCCCUACGACUCCACACUCUGGUUUAAGGUUUUCCCUAAUCUGGUGCGCAUCAGCUUCGAAGUUUGUCCAUUUGCAGUGACCCUCACGCGCGACAUCGUCUGCGCCCGCUUGUCGCAGAUGCACCGAACUUUGAUUUCGAUAACCGAAGGCCCGAGGGCCAGCCCCUACGCAUCAUUCGAUUCUGGCAUGAAUAAAGCAAGUAGUCGCAUUCCGUCAACUGCCCCAGAAAUCGUUGUCGAGCAAUGGAAACUAUACCUGAUAUUCGCAUUUACGACGUUAACCAAUCUCGGCGUCAACAGCCAGUCCGCAGCAGGUGCAUCUGCCCAACACUCAAGGAAGAGUUCCAAGUCCUCACAAAAGAGCUCGAACAAGGUUUACACCGCAAGCGACCUUUUUUCACGAGUCUUGCCAUUUCUUGCCACCGAAAACUCUGCAGUGCGCGACGCAGCUGUCGUCGGAUUAGGCUCCAUCAACAUCAAUCUAUAUCGCACGUUGCUGGAGUCACUGCAUGGUCACGCUGCAGCUUGUGCUGAGGAAGCAAAGACAAGGCUGGGGUCGCACACUCGAACAGUUAGCAGUCCUCGGCGCAAUCGACGGACGGACCACUUGAGAACAGAACUCACUCAUGUCUACAAACUGACUUCACAAUUCUUGAAGCUACCAGAAGCUUACAACGACGACUGGAUUCUCAACAAUCUCGUCAACUAUACCAAGGACCUUCGGAUUUUUCUCAGCGACGCGGAAGUGCAGAACGAGUGGGGCUUCCAGAAGCUGAGGACCCACUACUGUGGGCUUGUAGAGGUCCUUUUCGAAGGAAUUAACAAAACUCCUGAUCCCUUGCAGUGGAUGCCUUUCCAAGCUCGAAAGGCAGCUUUUACAUUGAUGGAGGAUUGGUGUGGCUACUCAGCCAAUCAGCCUCAAAUCCGGCAACGAGAGGAGCACAUGAGACGAUCCAUGCUUGACCGCGAGGCCGACAUGAGCAGCAAAGGCAUCGCCACUGCUGCCAUGGAAAUCGAGAAACGGGAUCUUCGUACGGCCGCCCUCAGCGCCAUGGCUACCCUCUGCGGCGGUCCGAUCAGCAUCACGACCGACAGCAAAGUCGUUCUCCAGUUUGAUGUUCGCCGCAUGCUCUCAUGGAUCGAUGGUAUCUUUGAAACGCCCAGCGAUAGAACGCAUGCAAUCGGCCGAAGGGCUCUGACUAACUUGAUACUCCAUAACCGCGAGCAUUCCUAUCUUCUCGAGCGCGCCAUCGAAAUGUGCUACAUUUCAAAGUCUUCAAAGGCUCUCGAAAGCUAUUUCGAAGUCGUAACGCAAGUCCUCACACAGCGCGAGGAUUACACAUUGCCGUACUGGAAAGUCCUCAGCGCAGGUCUCUACACACUCGGACACGAGAAUAAUGAGCUGCGUAUGAAGUCAGCGCGUCUACUGAGGACCCUUGAAGCUCGCGAACAGAAGAAUUCAAAGCUCCAGGAUCUUGACAUCAGUAUAUCCGACAAGACCAUCGCCGUUUACAAACUUGCCCAGUUUGAAGUCUCCCGGCGACUCGCACAUCAACAUGCAGAGCUCGCAUUUAUGGUCUUUUCGCAAUUCUCCUACUACUUCAAAGAACUACAGCCCGACCACCAACGCAACAUGGUGGCAGCCAUGCUUCCUUGGAUUCAAAGUGUGGAGCUGCAACUCAAUCCUGACGGUGGCCCUACAGCCAGCUCGUACAUGCUCUUGGUGAAUCUUUUCGAGAUUACUGUCCGUUGCAGUAGUGCUUUACACAACGAGAUCCAGGCUCUGUGGCAAGCGUUAGCCGCAGGUUCCGGGGGUAAUGUGCAAUUGAUCCUGAACUUCAUCAUCAACCUCUGCCUCGACAAGCGAGAACAGAAUUUCGUGGACUAUUCCAAACAGAUUGUAGUGCACCUAGCUGGGACAGGCGCGAAAGUUGUGGAAGCGCUGUUAGUUCAAAUCAACCCGCGCUCAAUGGUGCACGAAAAACGAGAGCCUACUCCUCCGCCCCCGGAUGCUGUUAACCUUCCCUACCUUGCAGACCUUAGUGCCUUGUUGCCCACGAGCAACAAACAAUCGGGGUUUUCUCUCGGUCAAGUCUGUCUGAUACUACUCGUUGACCUUAUGGUCUCGCCUCUUCAGCUAAACAGUGAACAUUUGCCGCUCCUCCUUCAAGUGGUCCUAGUGCUUUGGGACCAUUACACUCCUGUUGUUCAGGAUCAAGCGCGGGAGAUGCUCGUCCAUCUAAUCCAUGAACUCGUCAUAUCUAAGAUCGAAGAUGACAACACCAUCGGCAUUGACAAAACUGCUAUUGAGGAAUUCAUUGAGAACGUACGACAGCACGAUUCUAAAGUUGUAUGGAAUUAUGACGAUAAAAACGGCAAAGGUUCUGAAGACCCCAGUAACAAAGUGCCCGAAUCGAUGAUGCAUGUUGCGAACGAAGUUCUUCGCUUCUUCUCAAUCGCUAACCCUGGGCUUCGCGAAGCAUGGGGAAAGGUGGCGCUCAACUGGGCGACCUCCUGUCCUGUUCGUCAUUUGGCUUGCCGCUCCUUCCAGCUCUUCCGGUGCAUUUUGAGUACAUUGGAUCAGGCGAUGCUAUCCGAUAUGCUGGCACGACUUUCCAAUACGAUUUCAGAUGAUGAGAGCGACAUUCAGACGUUCUCAAUGGAGAUUCUUACGACGUUACGAGCCAUCAUCGAAGCCCUUCAACCAGAAGAUUUACUCAAGUAUCCUCAGCUUUUCUGGACCACAUGUGCAUGUUUGGAUACCAUACAUGAAGGCGAAUUCAUGGAGAGCAUGCUAAUGUUGGACAAGUUCUUGGACAAGGUCGAUCUGAGAAAUCCCGACGUCCUGGCCUUUUUGAAGAAGAAUCGCCCCCCGAAAUGGGAAGGGGAAUUCGAGGGUCUUUUCCAGCUUGUUUACAAAGGUGUACGCUCAAGCCUGUGCUUAGACCGAUCUUUGCGCCUCCUCGAACGGCUUGUGAUCUUACCGUCCAGUGAGCUUGUGGGAGACGAAAGUCGCCUUACAUUCACCAUCCUCGCAAACUUGCCGCGGUUCCUGCGGGCUUUUGAAGAGCCCAACAAAGAUCCAGCAGUUCGCGAUACCGCGGAAGUACUGGCUCAGGUAGCGCGUGAGCAACAACUCGGUGACCUGGCUUCAUCGCUCUCCGCUUUUGCCAGGAAGAUCUCGCGACAAGGCGAUCAAUUCCUAAGACAGGUGGUGGACGCCGUUGUCGAGUACUACUUCCCGCAACUGGAGUUCAGCAGUCUCGUUUUCCUACUAGGGCUGCUUUCCAACAAGCUCGACUGGUUCAAGAUAAAUACAAUGCAAGUGCUCACCCUCUUGAUCAAGAAAAUUGAAAUGCGAAAGCCGGAAAUCGCGCACCGGGGGCCAGACGUCAUUUCGCCUCUAUUACGUCUGCUUCAAACCGAGCUCUGCGGCUACGCUCUACAAGUGUUGGAUUCGGUCAUAGAUGUGACUGGUGGGCCACAACCACCCAAUCUAGAAAGAGCACAUAUUCGCAUGAGUAUGGCAGGGUCAAACACCAGUCGAGCAUUCAAGAAGCAAUUUGGCACAACUCAAUCACUUUACGGCAUUCCUGAGGAGACGGGCUGGUCGAUUCCAGUGCCGGCGCAUCAUUCACAUCUUACUCGAACAAAUGUGCACGCGGUAUUCUACACGUGCAGCAACCUUGAUGCUCAAGCCGCUGCAGACGUUGCAACACCGAAGAUAGAAUUCCGCCAGGACGAGUUUCCCUUCAGCCCAGUCUCAGACUACCGCACUGCGACCAUGACAUCCGAAGACACGCGUGGAGAAAGCCACAUCGGCGAACUCGUCAUGAAGCUGGACAGUCUCGACGACUUUUUUGAAGACGACGAUGAGAAUGAGACCCUGACCGAUCUGCCAAACAGUUCGAUGUUCGGAACCAACAGAUAUGGCCAUGGAAUAUAUGUUCAUAGUUCACAAGACGUUCGAGAGAAUCUUUACGACCAGCAAACGGCGCCCAUCCUCCAUAAGUCGCUUACGCGAAAUGGCAGUGUUAAUUCUUUCCAGUCCGGCUUUUCGGACGUCAAGCUUUCUCCAGCACGCGAUCCGGGUGUGAUGAACCCUGGAGCCUUCAGCUCCUUCAGUUCUGGACAACACCACCUUCCACCAGCUCCAGCCGGACGUCCAGGAUUGCACUCACGCUCGGUGACUUCGCCGUCGGCACCAAAUCAGACACAGCGGCUGUCUCCCACACUCUCCUCCUCUGCGGUUGAUGAACACGGCGAGCCCUUCUCCGACGACGAAUUUGCCGGCGGUCGCACCAUCUCCGCGAGUGCCAGUACAGAUAAACUCAGCAUCGAGACCGUCAUAGGCGGGUUGAAGCAAGACACACGAAGCAAGAUCCGAAGCGGGAUGAGGAGAUUGACGGGUAGCAGUGGAGAUACACGAGAAAGAGAAAGAAUGCGAGAAGCUGUCAAGCAGGCGCUGCAGAAGAGUCCACAGGUGCCAAAGGUGCCAGACAUUUAUCUGGUGCAGCAGAAUCCGAAAAGUGCCGAUCCGUAG